CAGCCUGUGGGAUCCUCCAGGACUAGGGCUCGAACCUGUGUCCCCUGCAUUGGCAGGCAGACUCCCAACCACUGUGCCACCAGGGAAGCCCCCAGAAAUGCUUUUCUUAACAAGACACGAGCUUCAAAAAAAGAAAGCAAGCCAAAUUCAUGAAAAAGAAAUACUUCUGUGUGUUAAAAGACACCAUUGAUCAAGCCAUAUGUUUAGCAAUAGGUAAUACAGCAUAUUCAACAAGAAAAGGAUUAAUAGAUAUUAUGGAUGGAAUAUAAAAAUAGUUUAUACAAAUUAAAAGUAGAAAAUUCAAUAACAAAACAGUUAAGUAAUAUAAACAAAUCAUCCUUAGAAAAAGGAAUACAAAUACCAUAAACAUAUGAAAAGGUGUCCAGCACUUUGCAAUUCAAAUGAUAAUGAGAUGACAGAUAAGCAAAAGUUAUAAAGAUUCAUCACCUCAAGGACUGGCCAGCAUGGAGUCAAACUCCUAAUGAUGCUGGAAGGAUUAAUUGGUGAAGCCAUUUGAAGGGGCCAAUGUAGUCCUGUCUGCACAGUCAUAAAAUGUGCCCAGCAUUGGACCUAGCAAUUCAGCCUCUAGGAAGCAUCCAGAAGAAACACAUGCACGUGUUGACCCUGGUAAAAGGCCAAGAUUUAUAACAGGGGAAAACGGAAACUGCCCAGAUGACCAUCAAUACGAAAUUGGUUUAAAAAUAUUUCAGCGUAUCCAUUUGGAGAGGUCUCACCGGCCACUCCUUCCCUCUCCCUCUGCUGGAUCCCAGCAGAGCUCAUGUUUCCAGAUGGUAGUCAGGGAAGGCAGUGACCAAAGCUUGAAGGUGGCCUGAGCACGUGUGGCAAUGCCACUGGCUAAGCCACCUGCUCCCUCUCCUCUGGUUCCCAGACUCAAGGGGGCCUCUCCUCCUUAGGACAUGAAUUUGGAAGACCCUGUGACCCUGCCCUGGGAACUGGACAGGUGGCAAAGUCUGCGGUGAUAAGGCGAUUGGGCUGUCGCUAUGGUGAUGGGGAUGGAGGCCUUUUGCCAUCAGCCCCAGUUUUCUGCAUGGCAGCUCUAAUGACAGGAUGGUCAGCCCUGCAGAGGCUGGAGGGUGUGAGCGCAGAGGCCUGUUCCUGGUUGCCAUGGCAGCGUGGGCCCUCGCAGGAGCGCAGAAAGCCCUGGCAGGAGAAUUCCCCACUCCAUACCUGGUCAGAGCAGGAAGUGUUGGGCCGUGACUGAGCCUCAGGGAAGCAGGUUGGGGUGUGAGAAAAGAACAGUCACCCACAGCUUAAUUACUCAAAAGCUGUCCCCCAGCCACAGGAGGAAAGAAGACCUUUUCUGCUGAGUCUGUCUAGAGAACACCACGCUGUCACAGCUCAGCACAGCCCGGAGAGAUAGCUGACCAGUGCUGACCAGCUCUGGAGCCCGGCAAUGGCCCUGCCCCGACGAUACCUGGCCUGACAAGGCCUCAGUGGGGAAGGGUCCCGACUAGGACCCAGAAGAGAAGGCUGGCAGGCUUGCUGGAGAACAAUGAAAAGGAGGAAACUCUGUGAUUGAACCUCAAGCCAGAAGCCAGCCAGAAGGUGGACCAUAUUCUACCAGACACUCGGGCCGGCCGUGACCCUUGGUUGGGAGAAGCCUGGGGAUAUUUCUGCCUUGGAAGCCCGUUGGGGAACACUGAGGGGUUCCAGCUCCCCCAGGCGGGCUGUGGUACAAAUGCUGGAUGACAGAGCCAGGAUGGAGAUCGCCAAGAAGGAAAAGGUGGAACAGAUCCUGGCGGAGUUCCAGCUGCAGGAGGAGGACUUGAAGAAGGUGAUGAGGCGGAUGCAGAAGGAGAUGGACCGAGGCCUGAGGCUGGAGACACACGAGGAGGCCAGUGUGAAGAUGCUGCCCACCUACGUGCGCUCUACCCCGGAAGGCUCAGAAGUCGGGGACUUCCUCUCCCUGGACCUGGGCGGCACCAACUUCAGGGUGAUGCUUGUGAAGGUGGGGGAAGGGGAGGAGGGACAGUGGAGUGUGAAAACCAAGCACCAGAUGUACUCCAUCCCCGAGGACGCCAUGACGGGCACUGCUGAGAUGCUCUUUGACUACAUCUCUGAGUGCAUCUCCGACUUCCUGGACAAGCAUCAGAUGAAGCACAAGAAGCUGCCCUUGGGCUUCACCUUCUCCUUUCCUGUGAGGCACGAAGACAUCGACAAGGGCAUCCUUCUCAACUGGACCAAGGGCUUCAAGGCCUCAGGAGCAGAAGGGAACAACAUCGUGGGGCUCCUGCGAGAUGCCAUCAAACGGAGAGGGGACUUUGAGAUGGACGUGGUGGCGAUGGUGAACGACACUGUGGCCACGAUGAUCUCCUGCUACUAUGAAGACCGCCGGUGUGAGGUUGGCAUGAUUGUAGGCACGGGCUGCAACGCCUGCUACAUGGAGGAGAUGCAGAACGUGGAGCUGGUGGAAGGGGACGAGGGCCGCAUGUGUGUCAACACCGAGUGGGGUGCCUUCGGGGACUCGGGCGAGCUGGACGAGUUCCUGCUGGAGUACGACCGUGUGGUGGACGAGAACUCCCUGAACCCCGGCCAGCAGCUGUACGAGAAGCUCAUCGGCGGCAAGUACAUGGGCGAGCUGGUGCGGCUCGUGCUGCUGAAGCUUGUGGACGAGAACCUACUCUUCCACGGGGAGGCCUCGGAGAAGCUGCGCACGCGCGGCGCCUUCGAGACACGCUUCGUGUCUCAGGUGGAGAGUGACUCGGGCGACCGCAAGCAGAUCUACAACAUCCUGAGCACGCUGGGGCUGAGGCCGUCGGCCACCGACUGCGACAUCGUGCGCCGCGCCUGCGAGAGCGUGUCCACCCGCGCCGCGCGCAUGUGCGCCGCGGGGCUGGCGGGCGUCAUCAACCGCAUGCGCGAGAGCCGCAGCGAGGACGUGAUGCGCAUCACCGUGGGCGUGGACGGCUCAGUGUACAAGCUGCACCCCAGCUUCAAGGAGCGGUUCCACGCCAGCGUGCGCAGGCUGACGCCCAGCUGUGAAAUCACCUUCAUCGAGUCGGAGGAGGGCAGCGGCCGGGGUGCGGCCUUGAUCUCCGCGGUGGCCUGUAAGAAGGCCUGCAUGCUGGGCCAGUGAGAAUAAAGGCUGCAAGGCAAGGAGGAGGCUGUGGCCUGGUGUCCAGGGGACACACUUCCUACAGGUCCCUCCAACCUGGUCCAGUCAAGAGGCUUCUCCUUGUAAGGACCUUGGAUGCCUCCCAUCCCCGCUGUCACCCCAGGAGAUGGGGAAAGCUUCUCUGGGGAUGCGGUGAGGCCCUGAGCAGGCCUCGUCUCUCAGGGUCAGUUGGUAGGAUAGCCCUAGGGCCCUGACUGGGUUGGGGGCUGAGAUGAACAGGAAUGGAGAACCCCCAAAGUACCUCACCUUUCUUGCUGCAAUCAGGGGCCCAGAAGGGAGUUAUUAACUCAGGAUUUUGUUGCAUUUCUGCACUGCUUGCCUCUUGGAGCUUUCAGCCUGGCUCAGCCCUUGCUCUGGGAAGGGGGUGCCCUCUGGACUCUACUAUGGCCUGGCUUCCCUGGGAACCCAGCCCACAUAGGGAGGCAGCCCUCAUGACCUGGCCAGACCUAGACCUGGGCUCCACAGGGGGCCCCGGGGAGCUGCAGAUCACCCAGGCCUGGGAAAUGGAAGGGACCAGCUCCAUGUUGGAGGCUGUGGGUACCCCGAGGCCUGGAGAUGGCAGCCUUUUCCCUCCCAUCCUGCCAUCCCUGAGUGGUUUCUGGUUCUGGGAUGGACCCUCACAGGAGGUACAAGAGACAGAGUCCCCAAAGCCCCUGCCCAGAGGGGCCCAGGAAGAGGAGGAGUCCCCCUACCCACAGACAGGCCUGGCAGCAUCUCCGGGAUCGAGUCCUUGGCUCCCACGGCGCUGGGCACUCAGAAACCCCAGCAGCACUCAGCACACCCCCAAGGGACAACCCAGGCCUCUUCCUUCUCACCAGACCUCCAUGUACCACACCAACCUCUCCAUGCCCAACCUGGGACUGUGUGGGUUUUUUUAAUUAAAAGUUUUAAAAGUUUAGAACAUGA